CACUCCCGCAUCUCCCUUAAGAGCACAGAGCGCGCGCGCGCACUCUCUCUCCCCGUUGGCUGUCGUCUCCCACACCCACAAGAGCCAUGUUGGAGGCAUCCGUAUCAUCCACUCCCUCAAUCUGGGCUGUCGUCUACAGUUGGUUCACUCCCACUGUCUUCUUCCUCCUCCUCCAGCUCAUGAUCGGCACCAUCUUCAUCACUUCCACCUUCGCCAACGGCAAACGCCACGACCAACCCCAAUCUCACGCUGACCAUCACCCUCAACAACUCCCCAGAUCUCCCUCUGUCUUGCAGAGACUCAAAUCCAUCAACUUCUACUCUUACCGAUCCCAAGAAUCCCCUCACCAUACCUCCGAAUUUCAUCCCGCCCAUGAAGCUCCACACCCUCCGCUUACGAGAUCCCCAUCCAUGCUUCAAAGGCUCAAGUCCAUCAACCUUUACGACUACUUCCCCACGGACCCUAUUUCUUCCAGGUUCUCUUCCCACGACGCCACUCAUUCGUACGCAACUCGUGAAUCGGAUCCCCAUUUUGACUUGCCCAAAUAUGCUCAUGAACCGGAGAGACACCAUUUGGACGGUGCCCCGGUGGUGGAGAGCAAUGGAGAGGGGGGAGAGGAGGACGGUGUCGGGGAAAUCCAGCAUCCCGAACCAGAUCGGUCUCUCGACGAAAUUUACAGCGAGUUACAAGGGGUUCAUGUGAGCAGGACCAAGUCGGACACGAAGCCGGCUUCUGGCGACGUGCCGGAAAAGCUCCCAAGGAAGAUGAAGAAGUCGGCGACCACAAAAUCGGCGUUCGGGCAUUUUAGGGAAGAAGACAUUGUUGAGAAUCGGCGGCCGGCGACGAUGAGAGAAGCGAAGGCGAGUGAGUCGGAGGCAGACGACGAGGUGGACGCAAAGGCGGACGAUUUCAUCAACAAGUUCAAGCAGCAGCUGAAGCUGCAGAGGCUAGAUUCCAUAAUGAGGAACAGCGGCGGAGUCCCAGUGUCUAUCUUCUCUUCUGGGCGGUCUGGCCCCUCCAAAAGAAAAAAAAUAAAUAGAAAAGAAAAAGAAACAGCAGGGCUUAUUUAAGAAUUAAUAUAAACAUUUUGGGUAUUCGCUGACUCGCUGUAACCCACGCCGUAACGGGGCAAACAGCUCAGGAGAUGCAAAAUAUUCAUACCUGUUGAUCCUGAAAACCAAUGCCAAGGCUUAGUCCAUGUAUGUGCCUCUUUGGCACAUGCUGCAACAAUAUUCUCCUUCAGGUUGUGUCACUGUAUUUAGUUUGGAAAUCAAUAAUUGAUGGAGGCGGGGGGGGGGGGGUCCGUGCGACGUGUUUGUGAAUCCGAUAAUGGGCCAUUUAAUUUGGGUCGGGUUGUUUUUUUGUUUUUUAAAAAACUCAUUCAGGUUGCUUUGGUCAUCAUUUCCGUGGCUUUUCAAGUUUUUUGGCCCCAGUUUCUUGUAGUUUGAACUCAAUGAUUGUAUUUAACAUUGACGUUGGAUGCCUGUAACAUUUUAAUUGUUGAAAUUCAUAUCAACGGUUCUGAUAUA